AUGGAACACGUGGAAUACCACGUGGCAGUACUUUACAUUUUCUUUCACGUUGAAAAUAAAGCAAAAUAAAAGAUUAGAUUAUUUCAUCCUCUCAUCCAAACUUCUUGUUAACAGUUGGUAGGCGCGAAGAGUGAGUUUUUUAUAUAGGAUCCGUUUUUUGUACAUAUUUUAGCGAUUGAACAAUAUUUUGCGCUGUCCGCGAGAGAAUCCUUUGGCGAAAGGGCUCCGUAGAGAAAUGCGCUUUGUAUCUUAAGAUAUUUUCAAAAAAAUCCAGAAAAUUUAUCAUGCCUUUGGAUCAUUUACUGUUUUAAUAUCAAAGUUUCAGCGAUGGCGCUUUUUGAUUUAAAAAAAGUUUUUCGCUCGUUGAUUUUGAAUCUUUUUAACUCUUUCUUUUACCUUUCACUAUCCAUUAACGCCUGGCAUGGAACUUUAUCGUUUUUUAAACAAGUAAAAUUUUAAUAAAAAUUUGAAGCUUUUAGGAGAAUGCUGAACAUUUCUUUGAAACGCACGAAAUGGUUUCCGGCCAAGUUCAUAGCGAACUCUCUUAGGUAGAAUAAGAUUUUCAAAUGUGUUGAAAAUGUCGUUUUUAGCACUACCGCGAGUAAAUCGCAACUCAUGUUCCGAGACACCGAAGUAAUUGAUCACUCUUAUGACGCUGUGGUGGUGGGAGCUGGUGGAGCAGGCUUGCGAGCUGCGAUGGGACUUGCUGAAGGAGGACUGAAGACAGCAGUCAUCACCAAACUAUUCCCGACCCGUUCUCAUACAGUCGCAGCUCAAGGAGGUUCUAAUUUUGUCCAUUUGCUCGUCUCAUCUUGUUAGGUAUCAAUGCUGCUCUUGGCAACAUGAACCCGGACAACUGGAGAUGGCAUUUCUACGAUACUGUAAAAGUAAUUUUUCAAAUUUUCGCCCGUUUUGUUUAAAAACUUCUUGGCUUCUUAGUUCCAUUUUAGGGAUCUGAUUGGCUUGGUGAUCAAGAUGCCAUUCACUACAUGACGCGUGAGGCCGAACGAGCAGUUAUUGAAUUGGAAAACUAUGGUGCGUCUUUUUCGUUGAUUGUUCACGGCAGAUUUAACACAGGAAUGCCGUUUUCGAGAACAAAAGAUGGGAAGAUUUAUCAACGCGCGUUUGGCGGCCAGUCAAACGAUUUUGGCAAAGGUGGUCAAGCUCACAGGUCAGUUUUGUGAUGUUACGAAAGGAAGGAGUAUAAUCUCAGUUUUUCUUUUGUUUUUUCUAGCUCGGACGUGGAAAUUUUUUAUUUUACAAAGUAUUUCACUUUCUAUUUUCAGUGAAACUUUAAGCUUCACGAUUGCUUCAACUUCGUUUCCGCAGUUGAUUGUAGAGAUGUUUCUUAGCAUUUAACUGAUUACUGACAUAAAACAUAUAGUUAUCAUAUCUAACAUUGCCAGCUUGUCGUCUUUUCUGUCCUCAAUUUAUGAAGAUUUUAAGUUCAAGUUUUAUGUGCUACCGUUUUGGAGAGUGUAUAUGUAAUGCUGUAUUGUAGGACCUGCUGUGUAGCUGACAGGACUGGUCAUUCGCUUCUUCACACGUUGUAUGGGGCUUCACUUCAAUACGACUGCAAAUACUUCGUCGAGUACUUCGCUUUGGACUUGAUAAUGCACAACGGAGAAUGCGUCGGAGUCGUGGCCCUGAAUCUUGAAGAUGGAAAUAUCCAUCGUUUCCGCGCCAAAAGUACCGUUCUGGCGACCGGAGGCUAUGGACGUGCAUAUUUCUCAUGCACAUCGGCUCAUACUUGCACCGGCGACGGUAUAUAAGAAGUUUCGACCUUUCCGCAAUUUCCCAGGAACUGCGAUGGCUGCGCGUGCGGGCAUAAACACGUCUGACAUGGAGUUUGUUCAGUUUCAUCCCACUGGAAUCUACGGCGUCGGAUGUCUGAUCACAGAAGGCUCUCGCGGAGAGGGCGGAUACCUCGUCAACUCGGAGGUUGGUUUACAGUCUGUUCAGAUUUCGAAUUUCAAGUCAUCGCUCAAACUCCGUUGCAAUCACGGGCUAACUUUUAGAAAUUGAAAUCUGAGGCUAAAAAAAACAAUCAGAUUUAUAAAAGCCGUAAUUUAUUGCAUUUUCAUCAUCCAGGAUGAAUGAACAUUGGAAAAUAAGAAAAGUCACGUUGAAGUUGCCACGCGCCAUUUCCGUAAAAUAAUGUGCGGUCUAUUUUCAAAUAAAAAGUUUUCACGCCAAAAAAACUUUUUUUCACGUUUUCAUCGAUGAAAAAGGUUAUUCAAUAUAAAUAUCGUUUUCCUAUUUUCAAGGAAAUGCGAUAUAUAAAUAUGAAAAUGCUCUUUCAAUAUCAUUAGUUCAGAAAAUGAAAAGAGAUUGAGGAGAGGAGAGUCUCAACCUACAAAAACCACAAUUUUUCGAAAAAGGACACCUAAACGUCGUGAGAAACCCGCAAAACGGGUUAUAAUAGGCCAUUUUGGGGCUUUGAGUCCUUACUUUCAGAAAACUAAGAAGUUUUGAGAAUUCCAGGAAAUUCUUCUGGUACAUCAUAGAAUGUUCUGGCCUAUUUUUCAAGAAAUUCCGGAUCGCAAGUUAAAAUUAACUUUUCUUGUGAGCCUUCUUCCCGUGAGAUCUAUUUGAUCGCGACUUCCAAGAUAUAUUUUCUGAGCUGAUCUUUUAUAGAAAUAGUUUUUCAAUGAAUGUCGGUCUUAGAAAGCAUCCAAAUGAAUUUAAUCAAAGUUUGCUCGUAAAAAAAUUUAUUUUACGCCCGAAAAGUCGAAAAAAUUUGAAAAUAAUCUCAGGGUGAACGUUUCAUGGAAAGAUACGCACCAGUGGCGAAAGACCUCGCUUCUCGCGACGUCGUUUCUCGCUCAAUGACUAUCGAAAUAAUGGAGGGUCGUGGUGUUGGCCCUAACAAGGAUCAUAUUCACCUGCAGUUGAGCCACUUACCUGUAGAACAGCUCAUGCAACGUCUUCCUGGCAAGUUUUUGUGCUUCAAUCUCUACAGUUAUAUGAUAAAAAUACGCAUCCAAAAUAUAAUGUACAGCUUCUCAUGAACUGAAUGGAACUAUCAUAAAACUUUUCACCCACUCAUCUCAAGUCUCGGUCAAUAUCUCGUUAGUCCGUUUUUAUAUAUCAAACUCCCCUUUACUCAAAUAUGUUCUAUUUUUUAUUCUUGUGUAGGAGUAAAAUAAACGAACGCAAAAGUUAAUUUUUUUAAAACAUGAUUACCGUACUUCGUUCUUUUUCAUUUGACCAUGAUCUCAUUUUCAGGAAUCUCGGAAACAGCCAUGAUUUUUUCUGGAGUCGAUGUCACAAAAGACCCAAUCCCCGUUAUUCCUACUGUACAUUAUAACAUGGGCGGAGUUCCAACUAACUACAAAGGACAGGUUUUCAUUUUUAAGUGUUUAUUAUUUCGUCAUUUUCUCGCAGCUUUCAAAAAAUGAAUAUGCUAUAGAUUUCAAUUUUAUUGGGAUCGUAUAGAUUUUCUAGUUUUUUUUUCCAACAUGCGCUUUUACUUUUAAAUAUAAUAAAGAAGUUUCUUCGUUUCCAAUUUAAAAAGAUAUUUUUUUAAUAUUUUGUCGAACCGCCAAGUAGCAUUCUGCGGAACAGUGGGGGAACAAAUAAAUUAUUAUUCACGAAAUGGAAUACGUUCAUUUUUCCCUUUUGAGCCUUUUUUUCUUAUCACCAUGACUAGUGGAAUACUCCUCAAAAACUCCGGGAGAAAUGAUGAAAAUGAAAAUAGAGGAAUAAACUCCUCACUUCCAUGUACUUCGCUUGAGGUGAUCAACUACACUCCUGAGAAAGGCGACCAAGUGGUUCCGGGACUCUACGCCGCAGGAGAAUGUGCGGCUCACUCCGUCCACGGCGCCAACAGACUCGGAGCCAAUUCUCUUCUCGACCUGGUCAUAUUCGGUCGAGCAUGUGCUCUCACGUAAAACGCAUCUUUAAUGCUCUGACUAUUUCUUCACUUAGAAUUCUGAAAGAAACGAAACCUGACACUAAAGUACCUGAUUUGUCGCCUACUGACGGACAAGCGUCAUAUGAAAACAUUUUCAAUCUUAUUGAAGGGGACGGCGAGGUAUUUUUUUUUUUCGUUUUCCGCGAUUCGCCUUAUUUUUUUUUCUAUAGGUGAAGCCACCAGAGCUCCGUCUCGAAAUGCAGAAAGCAAUGCAAAAGUAUUGUGCGGUUUUCAGACGCGGUGAUCUGCUGAAGGUAAGUCAAUAACUCAACCUAGAAAAAGAAGAAAAAACCUUUAUAGGAAGGUGUAUCCGUUCUCUCGGACCUCUACAAAAAGCAAAACAAUUUGGAGUUGCACGACUGGUCUCCCUUCUGGAAUUCUGAACUUGUAGAAGCUCUGGAAUUGCAAAAUCUGCUCAUCAACGCCACACAAACCAUUGCGGCUGCAGAAAAAAGAACGGUAAUUUUUCUUUCAUUUCACAUUAUAAUGAUUGUAUGGACGGACCAUAUCCAACGGCUUCAUAGUAAUAUCAGAACCUCUAACUAAAUCAGAUUUGAAAAAUUACCUCUAUUGAACCUAUUUUUCAUUCAGAAGUCCCAAUGUGAAUAGAGACCAUUCCCUAGUAAGUGUGAUUAUUUUAAAAAAAAAACAACCACAAAUGAGUCGAUUGACCCCAGCGGCGACUCGAGAAGGAAGUCUGAAUUUAUUGGGAUACAUAUGUUCUUUCUCUUUUAUCCAUUUUUGGUCAAUGUUCCUUCAACAUUAGUUGGAUUCAGGAAUCCAGAGGUGCCCACGCUCGCGACGAUUUUCCCGACAGAAGCGAUGAAUACGACUACUCGAAACCUUUGGAGGGACAGAAGAAAAAGGAGAUGAAAGACCACUUCCGGAAACACUCCAUAAUCCGGUCAAACAUCGAGACGGGCGAAGUUACCGUUGAUUACCGACCUGUCAUCGACACCACCCUCGACAAGUCCGAAACUGAUUGGGUGGCCCCUAAAAUCCGUUCCUACUAACCUUUUGCUCUCACUCGAGGGAUUCUCUUUUCAAAUGUUUCUGUCUAUUGUUUGCGUCUAGCCGAAGUAGUUUGUUGCUAAUGAAUAAAUUAUUUUCUAAAGCAUGAACUUCUUUUGCUUGUUGAGCCGUCGAAAUGCGGGUGUUCUACUUUGGAAAAUGUGUUUUUGUUUUGGACCGACGUCAUCUACAAAUCUUCGAAAUAGUUCUCGCAUCUCGUCUCAUGCUACUUCUAUUUUGUUAUCGAGUGGAACUGUAAUUUCGGUGGCAACCAAGUUUUAACGAAAUGGUUUCGAACAUGUAUUUUUUAAUUUCAAAAAGUUUUCAUUUUUCAAAAAUGUUCAUCGUUAGUGGUAUUCUGUUCGAAGCUCUCCAUUUUUACAGCAAAUCCCACGGAUGGAAUCGACGGAGGCUGAACUCAAGAAACAUGCGCGCUGUUUGAAGUCGAAUUUCAAGGUUCUUCGAAAGUAGAAACGGCCUAGGAUGCAUGUAUACUCGGGCCUUGGUAACGCGAAACGGACUUAUCGGGACAUUUCUGGUUCUGGACCACUUUAGUAGCUUCAAAACUUUCAAGGGUCGCGAGAAUCGCCCCGACAAGUCUGAGCCACGUCUGGCUUGCGUUAUCGAACUUCGAGUAUAUUUACGAGAAUUAAAUAGAAGAGACAAUUUUGAAAAAGUAGUAAGGAAACGUUGAGGAAUGAAAAAUUUUCCAAUAAAGGAGGAACACGAUUUGCAGAAAACAAAAAAUGUAAUAAUUAAUUCUGCCGACCGGAGAAGUUAUAGUUAUAUAGCUCUAAAGGAAAAGUGAGAAUUUAAUUUUUCCCGAUAACCAGAGCCUCGACUUCUCAUAAUGAAACGCUUGCUCGUUCAGGUUGAAAGAUCACUUAUCGGGCUACUCAACAUCAAGGCGCCUCUGUCCGCCCUUGAGCGGCAUAAAAUUCAAGACAUUGUUCUGAGGUUGCUUUUUUGAUUUUUGUCACAGUUUUUCCAGGACACGGGCGAAAAGGUUUCAAAAAUCCUUAUUCUUUUUUGCUCGUUUAAAGGCCCUUUUCAGAAAAAGUUCAAAAAAAGACAGUGCCUUUUAGAGGCCUUUUUUCUAGAAUUUCCUUUUGAGACCUUUUGGGUUUUGCCCGAAACUUGUAGACUUUUGGAGCUCGGAUUUAUUUUGUGGAUACUUGUAUGAUCAAUGGAUGUUGCCUCCCUCUCCUUUUUUUUCUUUUUCCUUAGAAUUCAGUUAUGAAGUACGUUUUAGGACUCCAAAAGUUAAUUACUGUUAUCAUAUCAUUUCAGUUACGCAGGUGAUGCCGCUCACGGAAAAUUGGCGAGUCAGCUCCUCAAGUUAUGGGAUGAUCAGCCAAAAAGGUUCUAAACGGUCCUUCAGUUUCUCAUGGAAUAACUAAAAAUUCAGUAGUUUUGAUAAUGGCGGCGUUUCAAAAGUAGACAAUAAACGAACUCGGGGAAAAGGAGAAAUUUCGGUGCGUUUUUUUUCUUAUGACAAUUGUGUUAAAUGUUCAAAUAGACUUCAAACACGGAUUUACGUCAAACCAAGUUAUUUGAGCCGCCCUCGAAGAAGGUUGGUUUCACUACUUUACCUGCACUACAAAAAUGUUUCUAGACAAAAAUUAAUAGUGAUGACGCGAAGCAAGAAAAAGUAUCCACCUCAUCUGAAGGAGAUCAGAAGGCGAUUUCCGAAUCAAAAGACAGAUUGAAGUUUUAUCAGUCAACUUUGGAUUUAUUGAAGCAGGAUUCGAAUAAAUUGGCAUGCUCUACACGGGCUUCAUGUUUCGAGGUGAAACUGUAGAAUCUACCUUUUUGAAUCUCCGAUUUCAGUCAUUUGAGCCACGCGAUCGUGUCUUCAAUGGGAAGUUGAUGAAAAAUAGUACGUGUAUAGAGUUUGAAAUUUAUAUUUUACAGAUGGGGUUAUCUAUAAGGAAUGAACUAAUUCUAGAAAUAUUGGCUUGGGUGAAAAAUAAAAAAAUUUUUUUAUUCAAUCUCAAAUUCUCAUUCAUCUCCUUUGAAUAGAUUUUCAAAGAGUAUUCUCAUUUGACAGAUAAAAGUUUUGUCCAUUUUGUAGUGGAGUCUUUUUUGUAGAGCAAUUACCUGGGAGGCUAGAGCUUACAGUAUUCUCUUAAAAUUCGAAAACAGAGUGAUAAGUAAACAGCUGCAACUGGUAAAAGUAUGGAUUUUCGCGGUUUCAGCCCAAAAGGGGUAUUUUCAAGGUACUCUGCAAAACCAGAAAAAAAAAAGCAAAUGAAGAUGAUCAUAUUUGUUCUCAGAUUUUUCCUCAAAGAACUAUUUCAGCUCUAGACGAUAAAAUGUUCAAGCCACGAAAGGAACGCGGAAAAGUCUUCGCGGGGAGGAAGAAAGUCGGACUCACUAAGGUUUCAAGUCUUUUGGCGCUUUGUCAAAAGAAGUUGGGAAACUGCUUGGAAAGUUGUGAUCGUCGUAAACGUCUCAUUCGGACUUUUGGAUAUUCAGUUAUCGACCACGUUGGACUCACCCCUUAUAGCUUACUUCGAGGUCCUCUCGAAAAAUGCGACCCUCGACAGCUUGACCGAAUACUCAACUUGAAUCCGGUUUGCAACUUUUUCCUUCUGCUGAAUAAUGUCCCAGCAAUUGAAAAGUGACGCCGAUGAGCUGUACGAAAGAUUCUGUCUACAGUCUUUUGCUGCUGAUUUAGUGAAAUCCCGCAAAUACGGUCGAAGUUGGUGUGAAAAAUAUCAUAAGUAAGUCAAAAUUCUCUUUAUACGAGAGAAUGAAUGAACAAGAUAAGUAGAAGAACUUUUUUUUCAGUUUGGUCGAACGAAAAAAUGUCACCGAAGAAAAAAAGCUGCAGAAAGUCAAGUCUAAAAUCAGUGAAACCGCAACUAAACAUGAUGUUACUCGAAAAACGGUUUUUUCCUUGUAGGAGUUAGUAAGUUUUCUUCUAGCAAAUCCUUGAGCACGCAGUGGCUCCGAAAAGUGUGAUGCGUCGACAGAUUAAAAACGGCUUGAACUCCUCUCUUCGAGGUUCUGCGCCAAAUCCCUCCGAUCCUGGUAUGCAGACACCCCUUUCGAGUAUUUUUCUUCCUCACAGAGUUUAUUGAAAUUCAAUAUGUAGUCAAAAAUUGUAGUUUAGUUCGUCUUUUGAACUUAGUAUGAUCCACUUCAUGAUAAUGCUUGGAGAUUCUACACCUCUUUUUGAAUUUAUUUUUUUUUUUAAGAAACGAACUUAAUUUUUUGGAGCUUUUUUUGGAAACAAUUCAGUAAUUCCCGAAUUUACGGUGUUGAGAAUUAUUAACAUUACAUUAUUGUACAAUCCAAUCUCAGUUAAUUGUUCUCAGGAUCUCGGAGUUCUGCGAAAAAAGAUCAGCGGAACUCGGCGGUCCGUGGUGGAGGUGGUUCUUCGACCUCUCGAAAAGAAGUUCCCGUCGCGCCGCUCAUGAAGAAAGCCAUGAAGAUGAUGAACAUCAAACGUCGCUAAGUCUCUUUAUUUUAUGCGCCUUAUCGGUCAUAAUUAAUAUUUUUUCUUUAUGCUUGAGGUUACUAUGAUAGUCAUUCUAUUUUCAUUCGCAUUCAAAAAUUCACGACUCGCUUUUCGCCGUUUUACUAGAAUACUUGAUGAAUUUUCGUCCUACAUGAAUUUACGAUAGUAUCAAUGGCCUACUGAAAUGUCCUCCCGGGAAAAAUGAACAUUUUUUAGUCAUUGAGGGAUCACUUUAGUGGCCUUAGUACCUCUUCACGUGUUUCCAGUGUCUGCUUUUAGGGCACUUCAUCAUCCCGAUGGAGCACGUUUUCAACCUGGAAUUUUUUUUCAUCAAUUCUACUAGUACAGCGACUCGAUCACGUCUUUCACGUUUCGAAUAA